AUGUACCUCUGUGAGCUCCUACCGCGUUUGGGAACGAUAUCUAUCAGAAUAGCUCUACAAGAGUCUGACCUGGAGCCUCAGAUAUCUAACAUUGCCUUCUCACACAACUCUCUUCAGGUAAUCACCCUGAGAAACAAGUAUGUGGUCCAGCUACCGGUAGAGAAGGCAGAGAAGCUACAAGGAGCCAAGAUCACUCAGCUCCUGGCAGAUGGAAAAACUUUGUCUCUACGACUAACAUUGAGCGAUUCAGAGAAACUUGACUCUCCAUUUACGUCGUUGGCUCAGUCAAAGGCUCAGAGAUGGUCGGUAAGCGAUCUUCUUAAAACACCCAAGGACAAUAGCAAUGUCAACGUAUUUAAGUUCAUUUGUGCAAAUUGUGGUACUCAGAUUCUUGACUCAAUGGACACAAAGUUUGCCGACAUGCCGUCAGAGUAUUGGCACGAGCUCAUGGACUUCUGGCACUGCCAUAAACCUCAUCAGGAACAUCACCACAAUCACCAGAAGAACUACGAGUCAAUCGUGCCCAAGCCUGGAAAUGUGUAUAUUGGAGCACACUACUUGUUUGUGAAAAGAAAGAGCAGUUCAUGCUACGGUUGCAAAAGAGUGCUAGGGGAAGCAGCCUCGAAUGAUACUGCUAAGCUCUACAAGUGGAACCUCAAGCUUCAGUAUAACAAUGAGGUAGAGUCGUAUCCUCCCUACGCAUAUGCUUAUUAUGCCAUAUUGGAUAAGAUCAAUUCGGGUGCCCUUCGAAAGCUUCAGGUGAAGAAUUCAAAAGGGACCCUUAGUCUAUGGAUUCUAAGCGUUGGUCUUUCCGUUAGUUACGAUAACCACAUUCUUGACAGAGCCCUUAAGAUCUUUAUAUGA